GGGAGACGCUAAGCUAAGCCAGCUUUCUGUUCUGGCUCCCUGUGAGCUUUGCUCCCUGACCUUGGAUAGUCAGCUUUCUCUUCCGGGGCUUACUGUCCACAUCAUUGAAAUGGGGCGUUUGGACUCCUUGUCUAGCCAGGCUUUUCUGCCUUAAACUUUUGGGGCUGUCGCCCCUCUGAUCUGUUGGACUUGCAGUAUAAUGACGCUGAGUUUGAAGAAGGAAAGCUGCUUGCUUUCUUUUCAAAGCAGCCUGGUCAGGGGCUUAGUGGUCGGUGAGACUGGCAAGCUCUGUGCAUAGAUGGGACCUCUGGGGGCUUGAGUCUGCACAGCCUGCGACUGGAAAAUCUGGUUCAAAUGUGGGCUCCCUAAGGGACUGUCAGAAGUCUCGGUGCUUGCUCCCUCUGUGCUCUGCUUACCCUUGCACAGGGCUCCUGACUUGUGUGCUGAAGGCGAGCAGGGCUGAGGGGAUGGUAAAUGGUGAACCUCUGCCUUUAGGGUUCUACCUUCAUCCUCUGGCCCUGUAGCCUCUAGACUGGAUGAGGAUCUACAGAGGGAGUCCUGAACCCAUCCCGACCACUGGUCUGAACCCAUUCAAAUUUGAUACGGCUCCUUUCAGUCUCCACUUUGGUGAAGCCUGGGAACGUCUAGGCACCCCUCCAUCUCCGAAGUUCCUCCCUUUGCUGCCUGAUUUCCUCCUCAUCUCUGACAGUUCUGAGUGCCUUUCCCAGUGGAUGGUGAGCCAUGGAGGGAGAGCCAAUUUUACAGUCAGGGGCUGGCCCUAGAAGGAUCUCAAGGAAUGUUUGUGGAGUAGGUUGAUGACAGCUACCUUCUCUCAGUAACCACCCUUUUCCAAGUACAGAUCCUGUGAAUAUGGAACCGCAGGGUAAUCCUUAAUUACUCUCCUUUUCCCAGCCCCAGGAAAUGGAGGCGGAGAGAAGUCCUGUAUGUUGCUCAAGGUGGAACGAGGUUGAGCUGGGCAGGUUUCUAUUAGCCAGCCCACACAGCCUUGGGUGUAUGACUGGAGUCUGCUGAUUGGGUCUCUGUGGGCAGCUGAGGGGGCUGAUGUGGGUGCUGUGAUUUCUGCCCACAACACAAUGCUUCAUUGUGGGAUUUUGCAACCAGUGGAUCCUUGUGUCCCAUCCCAGGCUUCAGCAACUCCAGCCUGUGUCAGCUCCUCCGGCAUUUUCAACACUCCAGUGUUGGGAGGCUUAAGUGUGGCCCCGAGUCCUCUGCUUGGAGUACAGCUGUCAAGGUUGGGGCUGCCUUGUGGCCUCCUAGUUGAUGAGAGGAAGCAGAGGGCAUAACUUUGUGGCUGUUUUUGUGUCUUUUGUACCUCUUGGGGGUAUAGGAGGGAAAGCAGGUAUGGUAAGGUUGGCUGGGGUCUUUUGGAGGUCACAGGUUAAGAGCUACUAUUCUAGAGCCUAAGGUUGGGCUGGCUUCAGGUCAUCCCACACUUUCUGCAGCUGCUCCCGCUGAAGCAUUGGGGCAAACAGUGAAGAGGACAUAAGGAUCAGUUUCUCCCUGUGGAGGCAAGUGGAGGUGAGACGUUGCCCCAGCAUGAACUGCACCCCCAGAAACAGGAAGUAGAAACUAAAGCAGCUGUCUGCCUGCCAUGGCCUGUGAGCCUUCUACAGACCCUGGUGGGGCAGCUGGUCCCCUGCCCACCUCUAUCCUGGGCUGCAGCACCUUGCCUCAAAGGAGCCCUCCUGGAUGGGGGCAAGAACUGCACAACGGCCAGGUCCUCACAGUCCUCCGGAUCGACAAUACCUGUGCACCCAUCUCCUUUGACCUGGGAGCUGUGGAAGAGCAACUGCAGGUCUGGGGCAUUCAGGUCCCUGCUGAGCAAUACAGGAACUUGGCUGAGAGUGCCCUCUUGGAACCUCAAGUGAGGAGGUAUAUCAUCUACAACUCCAGGCCUAUGCGGCUGGCCUUUGCUGUGGUGUUCUACGUGGUGGUGUGGGCCAACAUCUACUCCACCAGCCAAAUGUUUGCCCUGGGCAACCAGUGGGCAGGCGUGCUGCUUGCCACCCUGACUGCUGUCAGCCUGACCCUGAUCCUCGUGCUGAUCUUUGAGAGGCAGCAAAGGAAGGCUAACACUAACACAGACCUGAGGCUGGUGGCCGUCAAUGGAGCCCUUCUGAGACACCGAGUGCUGCUGGGGGUGACAGACACAGUGGAAGGCUGCCAGAGUGUGAUCCAGCUCUGGUUUGUCUACUUUGACCUGGAGAACUGUGUGCAGUUUUUGUCUGAUCAUGUUCAAGAAAUGAAGAGGAGCCAAGAGUCCUUGCUGAGAAGCAGAUUAAGCCAGCUAUGUGUUGUCAUGGAGACGGGAGUGAGCCCUGUGGUGGAAGGGCCUGAGGACUUGGAGGAUGCCCCACUCCUGCCCAACACUCCUGGUCCUCAUGAGAGACCACUCAUGCAGACUGAACUCUAUCAGCUUGUUCCGGAGGCUGAGCCAGAGGAGAUGGCCCGGCAGCUACUGGCAGUGUUUGGUGGCUACUACACUCGGCUCCUGGUGACCUCUCAGCUCCCCCAGGAAAUGGGAACCCGACACAUGGACUCUGCAAGGGUCCCAUGCCCCUGUCAGCUCAUAGAAGCACACAUUCUGGGCACAGGAUGUUGCCCAUUCCUGGCCAGGUGACCUAGGGACAAAGACGUUCAUCUUCCUCCAAGACUGAGAAGUGGGGGAGGAGUCAGGAGCCUGGCAUGGCUGACAGUGAGCUCAGAUGAGAUCAGCAUUUGGGGACACUUUGGAGAGUGUCUGUCAUGUUGGCCAUGGGGUCAUCAAGGGCACACCAGAUAUCUUGUUGGCAUUGUAUGCUGCCCUGGCCUUGCUGAAUCUGGUGGCUGAGCUGGAGUUGCCUGGGCCUGCAGCCUGGGUAGAGGAUCCUGGCUGUGGUCUGUGGAGUACCAGAGACCUGCAGCCAACUCUACAGGUCUCAGAGAGGAUACUGCUCUCUCCGAAAUGCCCCGGGCUGCUGAUGUCAUAAGCACACCCAUUUCCAAUGUGAGAGAAGGUCUUGGAAGGCUGAACCAGCAUGUGAACUACAGUACUGAGUGGGCUUAUCAGUUAGCCCCUGGGCUGUAGACAACAGAGCUGCAGAACAAAGGUGAGGAGAGCAGGCUUGGUGACUGUCAACAGGGGCACUUGGAAAAGAACACCCUGUGGGUGGGGCUUCGACUGUUUUGUGUAGCAACAUGCUAGCUUAUGAUCGAGACUCUGUCUCGCAGAGCAACAGUGAUGUUUUCUGACAUUCCACUAUUCUGGAAUGAGAUGUGACCAGACACUCUGGGUCUGAAUAAAGAGCUCAGAAACCUCCCCAAGAAUUUGAAGACUGCGCACAGCCCCAUGUCCAAAGCCCUCGUCUGAUGUGAAGGUCGGUCCAGCUCCAAGAUCCAGCCUUCGUGGUUUCUGUCUCCCACAAAUCAUCAUUAUAAGUCGGACCUCUUCCCUGAACUGGCAGACGUGUUCCUGUUGGACUCUUAUUCAUGUUUCAAAAUCCCUUCUGCUGCUUUCUGUCUCAUUGAAAUUCCUGAUGGAGCUGUUCCUAUUAUUGAUGUUUUAUGUUAUUCCAUUUUUCUCCUGUAUAAACUUCUUUUUCUAUUGAAGACUGUAAACUCCUUAAGGUCCAACACUAUAUCCAUCUUCCUUUUGUGAAUGACCUAGAGUUGCUUAGAACAAAAUAAUUCUGAAAAGUCCCAUGGAUUGGUUGGUUGCCUUAUCCUCUCCACCAGUUGUGGCAAAUUGUUCUGUAAAUGUGGUUGAUAAGACCCAGGUCAUGAUGGACCAGAGUUCUGGUCUUGAGUUAUAUCACUUUAUUUGUCCACUCUCCAUGUGCUGGGUGAUUGUGGUCAUUUCCAGCUUAUUGUGCUGUUUGUUAUUCUUACCUUGGUGCACAAAGUAUUCCCUUGACCCCAGCUGAGGUGAUAUGUCAUCUCCAGGGGUUCUGACAUAGCUAGUAACCUGGGUUCUUGUUGCAUAUCUGCCAUCUCUAGGGCUGUGUAGCCAUGGCUGAGUGCACUGCCUCCUCGGUGUGUCCACGGACUUCUUUAUGGAGCUCUGUGGUGGCCUGAAAUGGCCCAGCCCUGUGGUGGCCUGAAAUGGCACAGUGCAGCAGACUUUCUGGGUAAGACCUAUCCUACCUCUUUGCUUUCUCUGUGUCCAAGAUGGAGGAAUCCCCCAGCCACGUCCGGGGUAACUUGGCUUAGUGGAAUUAUUCACUGUCUUCUGACCCACUGUGGGAAAUGUCACUGAAUUUGACCAAGGGAAACUGUGCUUGUCACCUGGUCACAGAACCCUUCGGUAUAAUGAUGGAGAAUAAAGCUGUGUUUGGUGAAUGGCUGA